AUGCGGUCUUCGCGAUGCGUAUCGAGCAUAGCUACAGCUCUGCAUAAAAUCUUCAUCCUCCCCCUUGAACACCGGCAAUCGCAAUUCGCCAUCCGAACAACAUCAACAUCCUCCACCUCCUUCCACUCAACCCUUCUCUCGCCCCCGCCAAUCCAAUACCAGCAACGCCGCUACGCUUCAAAAUACAAGGCCACCGAAAAACCGACCACGGCCGAAAAAUCCCGUUUGCCGCGCGACGACGAGAUCAGAUCUUGGUCCGUCAGCCUCGUCGACGAGAACGGCCGUCUCUGCGAUCCGCGCCCGACGCACGACGUCCUGGCUACCAUCGACCGCAAGGUGUCCACGCUCGUUGUUGUCGUUCCCGCUGAUCCGCAUACGCACGCUCCGCCGAUAUGCAAGAUCUUUAACAAGCAGGCGCUGCGCGAGAGCGAGACGGCCCGGCUGAAGGCUGCGAAGGGGGGCGGUGUCACGACCAAGACUAUGGAGCUGAACUGGGCGAUUGGGGCAAAUGAUCUUGGGCACCGGAUGGGGAAGUUGAAGGGGUGGUUGGAGAAGGGUUGGAGGGUUGAGGUUUUGGUGGCUGGGAAGAGAAAGGGGAGGAAGGCUAACGAGGAGGAGGCCGAGGGGGUUUUGGGCGCUGUGAGGGGCGUGUUGGCUGAAGCUGGAGGUAAAGAGACGAAACCUAUGGAAGGGAAGGUUAGUUUGGGAGAGGGAAAGGGGCUGGGUACUGUGACGUUAUAUUUGGAGGGGAAGGUUAAGAAAGAGGGAGCUGAGAAAAGUGGCGAAGCUGGCGAUGCUAAAAGAUCCAACGAAGAAAUAUCUGUGCAAAAGGUAGUCGAACAGGAAAUCGGGAUUGCGAGGGCUACGGGGACAGAUAAUGAUAGGAAGGAAGACAAGGGGAUCAAUCUCAAUGGAGAGGGCGAUACUGCUGGGAUGUCUACUGAAGGAACGAUUGUACAACCGGUCAUUGCAAAGGAGUUUGCAGAUGGGCAGGGCAGCGAGGCUGAUGAUGCUGAGAAGCUUACUGAGAAGCUUACUGAGCAGGUUGCUGUGGAAGGGGUAGUUGAAGAAGAUAUCACACAGGAUUUUGAAGAGGAGCCUGCAGAAGAGACGAUUGGAGAGGACCUCACAGAGAAGGUUGCAGAAGGCUUUACAGAGAAUGUUGCAGGGGAGGUUACAGAAAGGAACAUGGCUGAGGGAGCUACUACGAAAGACAGUGACUGGAAGCGGGGUGGGGAAAUUAACCUCAGUCGGGAGAGCGAUGCUGGGCAGAAAUCCCUUGAAGAGAUGUCUGUGGAAGCAAUGGUUGCAGAGCAGGUUGCAGAGGGGAAAAACAGCGAGGCUAAUGAUGCUGGCAAAUUUCUGGAAGAAAUAGCAGCGAAAGAGGCGAUCCCAGAGGCGAUUUCAGAGGACAGUCUAGAGGCGAUCUCAGCGACAAUUCCGGAGGUGGUCUCAGAGUCGAUUCAAAAGCCGGAUUCAAAGUCUCUUUCAGAGGAAGGUUCAGAGGUGAUAUCAGGGACGAAUUCAAAUACGAUCUCAAAGACGAUACCAAAGGCUCUUUCAGGGAAAAUACCAGAUAAGGUUCAAAAAGGGGCUGCAAAGCAAGCUACAUAUAAAAACAUGGAAGGGGGCUGGGCGCGACAGCCCCGUCUGUGGAACAAGACGCGGAAGAACAGCAGCGCGGCUGGAGAUUCCGGAUCGCGACCGAUAUGA